AUGUAUAACCAACAACAGUAUCAAUUGGGAUCAUUCUCCCAACAAAAAUCUACUAUACAAAAAUUACUUGAUGAUAAUUCACAAUUAAUUUCAUUAAUUCUUGAUUUACAAACUAAAGGAAAACAAAUUGAAUGUCUCGAAUAUGAACGAACAUUAUAUCGAAAUUUAACUUAUUUAAUUCAAUUCGAUCCAUCAACAUCACAUCAUCCAAAUAAUCUACCACCACCAGAUGCAUUUAUUCAAAUACAAUCACAACAACCAAUGAUAAAUGGAAAUAUGGUUCAACAAACUCAAUCUGAUCAAACCUAUAGAACACAAACAAAUACUCUAAAUCAAACUUCUCAUCAUCCCAAUACUAGUUCAUAUCCUUUAUCUACAUGUACAAAUUCAUCAGUUGAACAACAACAUUCAUCUAAUUUAAAUUCAGUAAACAAAUCUCAACAACGAAUGCCAUAUUUACAACAAGGAAGAGUUCUUAAUAGUAAUUCAAUGGAUUCAUCCUAUUCACAAUCUUAUAUUCCACAACAACAGCAACAUUCAUAUUCAAUACAACAAAAUGGUUAUGAACAAUAUCCAAUGUAUAAUCAACAACAAAAUCCAACAUCUCAAUCGAAUUCUCCUAUAAAUAAUUCUUCAACUAAUACACAAAAUUUUAUUUCAAAUCAACAAAUUAUGCAUAAUAAUUUAAAUGAACAAUCACAAAUGUAUUAUCCACAACAAAAUUAUCUUAUGCAACAACAAUGGCAAAAUCAAUCCCGUAUGCCUAUGUCACAACAACAUCAACAACAAUAUACAUCGUCCUAUCAACAACAAGUACCACCUCAAGCUUAA